AUAUUAUAAAAAAAAACUAUUGUAUUUUUUUCUUUAUGGCUCUUCUGGAGUGGUAAACAUCUUUACGCAAAAUAGCACGUAUUUUUAUAAAUAAUCAAGAAUACUUAAUAGAACUCAAUUGAAUUUCAAUGCGAGUAAUACCGCAUCUAGUAGGUAAUAUAAAUUCAUAUAAAGUGAACUGAAAUUGUUAUCAAAUACAAUGAUAAUUAAACUAGUAUACGAAUGGUACUUAAAAACGAAUCAGCUCACGCACUCGUUUGAUUACCUGCGUUCAGCAAUGAAGUGUUCGAUAUGUUUUACACAAGUGAUUAUAACUCAUACGGGAACCAAAAUGUUAAAGGAAACAUUUUCACUGUUAUAUUAAACGGGUUUUAUACCUCGAAUAGUUUUCCUACAUUCUCCAUUGCACAUGCAUCAAAACCACUCAUAAAUUUAUCAACUAUAUUUGGAAUGCAAAACGUCCGUUUCAAUAAAAUGGACAUAAAACGAGUUUCAAUCUUCAAUAAAUUCUACUGUGUUUUGAUAUUAAGUUUGUUAAUUAUUGUCAUUGUCUAUAUUCCGCCUCUUAGCUGGAAAGAAACUAAAUCAGAUCUACCUUUAAAUAUACUAACGAGAUUAUUCGGAGUUUUACAAACUUUCGAGAUAUUUUAUUACGUUUUUAUAGUCUCCUUUGGCAACGCGAGUUAUUACUGGAACUUAUAUAAAACUUUAAACAGUUUGGAUAACCAUUACGAGAAGAGGUUGAAAAUGUUUCGUAAACGACGAUAUUUUGCUAUUUUUCUAAUGUUUACUCCGCUACUGUUAAGCUCAUUUACUUUUUAUUUACGAAAGUUUACCAUACAUAAUGUUGUUGCACAGAUAACUUUCUUUAUUGUUAUGCUCCAGGGAGUGAACUUUGUAUAUUUCAUCGUCAAUAUUUUUGUAGAGGUUUUAAUCUUUAAGGCUGUAUUGUUUAAAAAAGUUGAAGACUUCGUUCCUACAGAAAUUAACAAAAAGAGUUUUAUUACGAAUCUCUUGAUAAAAAGACUUCUUGGCUCGGAAAACUUGAAGCGUCAUUAUUGCUGGUUUGAACUUAUGCAAAUUUAUGAUAAGAUCGCUGAUUGCGUUUAUAUCUUCAAUAAAAUAUAUGCAGGGCAGAUAUUGAUUAUGUUUGAAGCCUGGCUGCUAACUACUGUUCUUGUUAUAUGCAGAUCACUGUCGCCAUCUAUGAAGUAUUCUGAAGUGAUGUGGAGUGAUGCGUUCUAUUACACAUUUCUAAAUAUACGUCCAUUUUUUCUUACUAAAAUGAGUGAUUUCUUUAUACAAGAUAGAAGAGAAACACUUUCUUUAAUCAUACGAGUAUUAAUUCAUACUGACGUGAAUGAUUAUAUAUAUCAAAGCCAAGUACAAACUAUGGUCAAUCUAGUGCAAAGCAGAAAAAUAGAAUUAUCGGCUGUGGUGACAGCGGUCGAUAUGCCAAUCAUGAUUGCGUUUGCUGGCAAAGUUAUAUCCUAUAGUGUUUUAGUAAUACAAUAUUUUUACAUUAAUAACUAACGGUACCAUAGGGUUACAUCUGCGUUAAUUAAAAGCUCGUGCACGUCAUAACCGAUGAUAUUUAUAAAUUAUAUAUAAAUAAAACAAGUUAAACUUUAUUCAGCAUAUUUAGGUCCACGUUCCAUUUUAACGGCAAAUUUUUAAUAAUAAAGCAAUUAACAGGUCAUGUGUGAGGUAAAAAAAAACAUUGUGAGCCUAAGAUAAGAUCCAAGGUCUAAUCUCUAGCUAAUUUCAUUAAUUUUUGAUAUAUUGAAGUCAUACUGAGCGCUACGUCUCGACUUUGAAUUUUACCCUUAGGCUAGUAUUCUAAAACAUCAAUAACACUUAAAUCUAGUUUCAGAAUUUGCUAAAUCCCUUUUCUGUAUGAAGUACCUACUACAUAUGUACAUAUUUGACACCGCUCAAGACGAUAUUGUCAUUUGAGAUACUAAUUAGAAUAUGGAUCUUAAAAAUCUAUAUUUUAAUUAGAUAAAACUUUAAAACCCAUCUGUUUUCCUCAAAAAUCUUUCUGUGUUAGAACGUUUAUCUCCCACUUGCUUAAAGAGAAUAUAUCAAUAAAAUGAACUCAAACUGUAUUAAUGACUUACACAUUAACAUAAUUUCAGGAGAAGUUAAGCCAUUGAAAUUAAUUUGUCUUAAUUAGGUUUAUUUUCUUAAAGGGCUUUAAAUUGUUAAUAACUCAUAACUAAACUAACUAGCUUUUAAAAAUAGUGGUGGUUAAGGCGCAAUGUGGCAUUAUCGUGAUCUUUUAUAAAACUUAUAUCACUAAUAGUAGAAUUAGCAAUAAUAUUUUUUGCUAAUACACAGUUCAAACGGUUACAUUAAAUUUUGAUAUGAAAGUGGUAUUUUUAUUGUUGGCACAAAACAAGUACAAAGUAGCAUCUAAUACUUUAUCUGAAAGCCAUUAAAAUUGUCAUGUAUAGCAUUAAAAGCCAGGCCUUUCUAGUAAUAUU